AUGAUCAGCUCUGCCACGAUCCCGUUCGUGAUCCCCAAGUGGGGCGUCUUUCUGCUGGCGCAGAUUCUGUCCAUACUGCAGAUGAGCCAGCCACCCAGCAUGAACUACUACCACACCGAGAAGCUGCACGAAGAGUACGACUACGUCAUCGUCGGUGGUGGUUCGGCGGGCUGCGUGCUGGCCAACCGACUAUCUGCCGACAGGGGGGUCAGCGUCCUCCUGAUCGAGGCCGGCGGACCGGAAGACGCCACUACGGAGGUGCCGCUGUACGCGCUUCUCCACUACCACGGACCCUACGAUUGGAACUACGUCACCGAGAAGCAGGAGCACUCCUGUCUGUCUCUCAAGGACCAGAUCCUGGAGAUAGUGCAGUCUAAACAACAAAGAACCUGCGUCCCCUUUGAAACGGGGCAUCUUGGGCGUGUGCAGCGCAGCCCGUGGCCGCGAGGCAAAGCUCUUGGCGGCUCCAGCGUCAUCAACUUCAUGCUGUACGUGCGGGGCAACCGACGCGACUACGACAGCUGGGCGCACGACUACGGAGCCAAGGGCUGGAGCUACGACGAGGUGCUGCCACACUUCAAGAACAUCGAGAAGUGCCACAUCAAAGAGUACUCGGACAACGGCUAUCACGGUACAAGAGGUGAAUUGCCGUGUGCGUACGCCAGCUCCCACAGCCCUGUGAGUGACGUGUUCCUCGAGGCUGGCCAAGAACUAGGCUACCCCCUCGUCGACUACAAUGGGCCCAGCCAGACAGGCUUCUCUCGAAUGCAGACGAACGUGCUAGGUGGGACCCGCCACAGCGCAUGCAAGAGCUUCAUCAAGCCAGUGAUAUCACAGCGGCGAAACCUGCACAUAUCGCUGUUGUCUCAGGUCACCAAGGUGCUGUUCGAGGGCCGCCGUGCCGUAGGCGUCCUGUUCGAGCACGGCGCGGACAAGAUGCAGGUGCGCGCCCGGCGAGAGGUGAUCAUAUCCGCGGGCACCAUCGGCUCGCCGCACUUGCUGCUGCUCUCCGGCAUCGGGCCCCGCAAGCAGCUCGAGGAAUUUGGGAUCCCCGUGGUGGCCGACCUGCCCGUGGGCGAGAACCUGCAGGACCACGUAUUCGUCGGUGGUGUCGCGGCCACCACCAAGAAGCGCUGCGAGCUCCAGCUCAACAGUGCCUCCAUCAUAGUCAACUACGCCUUACGCAAGGAAGGGCCAUUCGCCGUACCGGCCGGCAUCGAGGCGGUGGCCUUCGUCAGCACCUCCUACGUCAACGCCAGCCUGGACUUUCCGGACGUCCAAAUAGUGCUCCUCUCGGUGUCACCAGCCAGCGAAGAAGGCGAACGUUUCCUCACCGACACCGGGCUCACAAAAGAGGCGUACGAGAAGUACUAUCGCUCCAAGCGGCACCAGUACGCUUUUCAGCUGGCGCCCAUCCUGAACCGGCUCAAGUCUCGCGGGUACAUCCGGCUGCGCAGCACUGACCCUGACGACUCGCCCAUCAUCGACCCCCAGUACUUCACCCACCCGGAAGACAUCAAGGUGGCAGCGGAAGGAGAGGUUGGCAAGUUAAACAUUCCUAAACCGUUCACAAUGUAUAGCCUACGGCAUGAUGGUGACUUUCGACGCACAGGCGCCCGCAAGGCGGUGGAGAUCCUGCGGACCGAGGCGUUCGCGAAGAUGGGCACCAAGCUGUGGAACGUGCCCUUCCCGGGAUGUGAGGAGGCCGGCGAGAUGUGGAGCGAGCCGUAUCUCGAGUGCCUCGCGCGACACCACACCUCCACCGUGUGGCACCCGUGUUGCACGUGCCCCAUGGGCGAGGACCAUCGGGCCGUCGUCGACAGCAGGCUCAGGGUACGCGGCGGGGUGGAGGGCCUUCGUGUGGUGGACGCUUCCGUGAUGCCCACCAUCGUGACGGCCAACCUAAACGUCCCGGUGCACAUGAUCGCUGACAGGGCAGCCACUUUCAUACGGGAAGAUUACGAAGGCGCUUCUUCUUCAUCGGGGCCUUCCCGUAGUCCAAUCUCAAGAAUCCUGUCGUGGGCAUCGAGAACGUGAAACUGACUGCUCAUUAAAACUUGAA